GUUGAGACGCUAGAAAUGGAGUCAAUUUCCUCGAGCGGCGACAUAUUCUCAUGCGGCUGUGGACGACAAUUCAUAAGUCGUGACGCCCUUGAACAACAUAAGCGGGACAGAGCCCAGUUUGUUUGGGCUACAAGGUGCACACCCUCAGCACUCGGUCCUGCAAGCACGCGGAAUAGUUAUGGCUCUGGCUUGCAAAGCUCCUCUCAGGGUGCAGCCAGUCUGAAAUUGCAAGCGACGAGAGACCAGUGGAUGGUCAAAGAUGUUGGAGGAAAGAUUGAUACUAUUGAAGUCUCGUCACUUAAGCCAGCAGACACCCCAGUAUCAAGCAGCACUGGCUAUGAGCUCAUAUGCAGCUACAACUGGGCGAAUCAUAAAGCACCUACAACCUAUGUCCCAGGCGGCGCCGCAGUUUGGAAAGACAUGAGCUUACCAGUAAGCGUCCCGAAAGACUCCGGAAUGCACUUCAUCGACCAAAACGCCUCACGCAUCCCUGAGUACCCCUUCGAGGUAGUGUUCCAGGCUGUUGGGGUCAUGAGUCCAAGCCUCCGUUUCGACACAGUCGACGUCCUCGUCAACCGCAACAGCAUGCGAAAGCUCCUGGACUUCUGUCGCGGACGCAACCAGGACAGCUUCCGUAUCAACCUUCACAUAGUGCGAAAUACUCUGAUCAUUGAAAGAUGCGAGAAGAAUGCAAAGCAGAUGAUCCGUGGGUCUGGUGGGCCGGGGUACGGUCAUAACUUUGAACGUAUAUUCACACAAUUACCGUCGGGGUUGGAAGACAGCUCCAGUCAUCAUCGCGUUCUACGAUACAACUUGGGGGAUUUGAGCUGCGCCAUCCGCUUUGAAGUUGAUGCUUGCCUCAAGGUUCCCGCAGAAACCAAGUCACCAGAGAAGGAGGAGACCAGCGAGGCCCCUCGAGAUGAGACUGUAUCUCUUGUUGAUUCUUUAGACUCGUUACAAAUACGCGCUCCGACGUUGAACAGUAACGUAUCGCCCCAUACCUCAGUCUGUGUCAUUCCUCGCGGAACCAUUACUGCACAGUCAAGUACUGCAGAAAUCAAGACACGCACGAAGUCAAGUUCUCUGUCAAAGAUCUUGCCACAGCUGUGGUUCGGCCGCACACCUUAUCUAAUUACAGGCCAUCAUGCCAACGGCACUUUCGACAGCGUCGAUAUUGGUCAGGUUAGAGAUCGAUUCGAGGAUUGGGAGAGAAAGGAGGCGAACCAAGAUGCACUGCGGAAGUUAGCGAGUCUGCUGUCGCAGUUACGGGAAUCCGUCCAGUGCACCAAGGAGAAAGCUUGUAUAGGGAUUUAUGAACAUGGUGUUAAGCCUGUAGCUUUGCACGUUUUUGUCUCGAAGCAAGGAAGGAAACCGCUACCGGAGCAUGUUGUUAUGAGGUACUGGGCAGGACCAGCGAUGCCAAACGUAAAAUAGUUUUAUUCUGAGAAAUGCACUCGAACCUUUGUUGCGAG